AUGUCGUGGGAGACAGUGUCCAAAAAGGCACAGUCGGAUUUAUUAAGCUCUCUUCCUAGCAAGUGGAAGAUUGGCACUGAAGCUUUUGAGGCAGAGACAGAUGUCUCCCAAAUACCUAAGACAUGUGGGAUCUUGAUUCAGUGCCAGAUCCAGAUUAUGGAGCUCACUGCGACACAAUUAGCGAGACAAAUCGCGUCUCGCCAACUGAAAGCAGUGGGAGUUUUGGAAGCGUUUGCUGUCCGUGCUGCUAUUUCCCAUCAAUUGCUCAACUGCCUCACUGCAUGGUUCCUGGAAGAGGGGAUGCGACAGGCUCAACGUCUGGAUGGUAUUCUUGACAGUGGAGGCAAGCCCCUUGGCGCAUUACAUGGCGUUCCUAUGGCAUUAAAAGACUUCUACAAUGUAAAAGGUCACCCGACUACUCGAGGAUACGUUAUGAAUAAAGACGACAUCCAAGAUCAUGGUUCGGCUAUCGUGGCAACACUACGCGCUGCAGGUGCCGUCUUCUUUUGCAGAACCACCAUGCCUCAAACGGGCAUGGCUCUCGAAACAGUCAGCAACCUAUGGGGCCGCACCCUGAACCCUUUUAACACUAAGCUCGUUGCCGGAGGUAGCUCUGGUAGAGACGGUGCGUUGGUUGCUAUGAAAGGAUGCCCAAUUGCACCCUCAUCGGAUAUUGGCCGUUCAAUUCGUAAACCGGCUGCUUUCAACGGACUGUAUGCGAUUCGGCCUACAUCGCUCCGAAUUCCUAAAGCCGGCUGGGGAGGUUCAAACGCGGGUCGGAUCUCGAUCCGAGAUUCAAUUGGCCUAGUCUGCCACUGCGUCGAAGAUGUCCGAAUGUUCACAGAAAUUCUUACUACAGAUCCAGCCCAUAGAUACGAUGCCUCUGCCGUCCCUCUCCCUUGGAGGCAUGUUUCGCUGCCAAAAGGGAAGUUGGUAGUAGGUGUCAUGGAAUGGGAUGGUGUGGUUAUGCCUCAGCCACCUGUUCCCCAAGCCAUGGAGCAUGCGAAACAAGUUCUGGGUAAAUCUGGAUUUGAAGUCAUUGAAUUCCAGCCACCAUUCGAUUGCUGGGAACUCGAGAAAUGCACAUUCGAUAUAUACUCCCAAGAAGCAGGCGAAGAAACCCUUGCAAAGCUUAAACCCACUGAAGAACCACUUAUCCCAGGUUUCGCAGAUCUGCUUAAGGUCUAUAACGCGCUCCACCUCAGCGCUCUAGAGCUUACAAGCCAAAUCACUAGAUCAGAUCGCCCCAUGGAUGCGUUGAUCUGUCCCGUUGCACCUUCAGUGGGAGCACCUCAUGACUACAAUGCUUACUGGGGGUACACGUCCAUGUUCAACUUCCUCGACUACCCAUCCACAAUCCCCCCCGUGACUAAGUUCAAGAUCGAUCCUCAAAUUGAUCGUCUCGAUCCAGCGUAUCGGCCUUUGAGCUCGAAUCCUUAUGACAAGGCGUAUCAGGCGAUGUAUGACGCGGAGAUCUUCGCCAAUCAACCGUCCACUGUACAGAUCGUUGGACGUCCGUUUGAUGACGAGGAGCUUAUCGAGGUUACUGCCGAAAUCGACAGUCUCUUCAAAACGACUGAGCAAGUGAUGACGAAGCUGUGA